AGGUUCUGUUACGCUCCUGGUAGUUCGCUUUAAUUUUCAUGGACGAUGCAUUCAUUUGAUUGUAUGAAUGAGGAGAGGAGUGAUAAUUGUAUGAUCAUGCCUUAGAUUCGUCGUCAUCUCCCUCUCGUACCUCAUCUUUGAUAAUAAACCUAUAUUAAGUGAAUUAGAAAAAGCAACAAAAAGUAGUAGUUCUAUUUUUUUAUCGAGCUGCUAGACGGAGUUUCUUUGAGAUAGAAAAAACAUGGACCUGGCACAAAGCACUGGUACUGCGUGGAUGUCGAAGCCGUCCGGUGGGGCGUUUGGUAUUUUUUGUCUUUUAUUAUUUUCAUCAUGUUAGCCCUGGACAACUAGGACAAGAACUCUAACUCAAACAUUAUCUUCUCCUAGCUUUUCUUCUAGGCUAUAAAAAUCUUGUUCUAGUAUUCUCAAAAACAAAAAUAAGAAGGAAGCCAAUUCAUGCCACAAUCAGGUGGUCCUCUCUCCUAAUGUUAAGUAAGUACCUGUUGACAUGGACAUCUACUAGGACAUCUUUAAUUUGACCUUUAUUUCCUUCCCACCACGAGCACGACCACCAGGUCCUCCGGCAGGGUCCCCUAUGGGUAAUCCUAUGGUAGCCAAUCAGUUUGGUGGCAAACCAUUUUUUAACGGAGCUCCUCAGAAUAUGGUCAUGCAAGGCGGACCCGGUGUUAAUAUUAUGAUGAAUCUUUUCAUAUUUUUUGUUUCCUAGAUAGGCGUGCUCCACCGAUAUUAUGAUGAAGCUGGAUUGUAAGUAUUUGUAGUUUAUAAGGAAUGAGUCUACAACUACAACUAAAAAUGUGCCUGUAGAAGUUUUCAAAAUUGAAUAAACUCAUCAUCACUACCAACUACUGUGAUCUCCACGAUUUUAACGCUAGUACCUUAAAUCCUUUAGUAACCUCGUCGUUGCGACCAGGCAUGAAAAAUGGUAUGGGUUUAAAUCAUCUAAUCCUCUGGGUGGUCCUGGAGCAGGAGGCAUGAAUGGUAUGGGCGGCGCGGCUCCAGGUACUGCGCCAGGCAUGAACAACAUGCAGUCGAACGGCUUUAAUGGUGGAUUUCAUGGGGGUAAAGAUUUCGGCUUUUCCGGUAAGGGAGAUUUUAGUGGAGGAAAGUUAUGCUGCGCUUUGUUGGUGGAUCAUUUGGAUUUGUAUCUAUACCUAUAUCAAGGGUUUCCGAAUUACAUCCCUCACUACCAUCCUUGGCUCCUUUUCAAGGGGAAAAUAGGCCAAGGAUGUUCUAAAGAAUGCAACUCCGCAACCUCUAACUAUACGCCUGACGUUGAUUUUUGGAGAUGUUGUACAUGAUGUAGCGCUUCUUGUUACUUAUCCAUUUCUUCAGUCAUUAUUUAAGCUAGUAAUGGUGGUUGCUAGCACAAGAACUUAAUCAAAUAGCAAUGUCUCCACAUCCUUCUCGCUUGCCUUCUGGUCCUCAAGUUAGAUUUUAGUGGAGGAAAUUUAUGCUCCUCUAUUUGUAAUCUACAAGUCAAAAAUUCCUUCUUUCUUAUUCAUAUUUUUUAAUACAAUAUUUUAUAUAUUCCAACCAAUCAACAAUAUAUUUUGUAUCCCAUGCAACAAUAUAUUUUGUAUAUUCCAUUCUUAUUCCAUCUCCUAGUACAGUGGCCAUACACCCAUCAUCCUCGGAUGCGAGCAGCGGGUACUUGUGGUGCUCGUUGUGAAGGAUCCAUAACCUACCCCAACCUAGCCCAUUCUUAUUCCAUCUCCUAGUACAGUGGAGGUUAUAGUGUUUUCUUCUAAGACGAUAUGUAAAUAUGAAAUUCCCUUUAUGGCAGGCUUCACAACCUAGGUGCCGGGGGGCUUUGAUGUGCAGGAUUCACAACCUAACCUAGCCACUUAUUCCUAUAGAAGCAGUUGUAGUUUGUUCUUCUAAGACGAGAUGGAGGUCCUUUUGGUGGAGGAAAAGACUUUGGUGACUCAGGCGGAUUUGGUGGCGGGUUUGGUGGUGGUAAAGGCAAAUUUUCAGGAGGAAAGUUUGGAGGUGGUGGUUUUGCUGGCGGAUUUGGCGGAGGAGCCGGAAAGAAGGGCGCCUUCGGAGGAGCCGGAAAGAAGGGCGGUAUAAAGAUACUAGAGGUUUUCAACUAGUAAUUUUGGUGUAGUGUAGAUGUAGAACAACUAGAAGUGUAAGUACUAGUUAUGAUCUUACAAACAACUUCAACUAGAGGUGUUGUAAGAACUAGUUAUCUUACAUAUUUAUUACAAGAAUUUACCUCUUGUUUCCUUUUUCGUCUCUUGUUGGCUUCUUUCUUAUGCAUCCUAAUUAAGUCUGUAACUCGUUGUACCUCAUGCUAGGUAAAUGAAUGAAUGAGUGGUGUAGUGUUGUAGAUGACCUAGAAGAUUCUAGUAAGUAGUACUAGUUAUCUUAGUCUUACAACUUCUAGAUGAAGAUGUGCUAGUUAUCUUACAAGAAUUUACCUCUUGUUCUAAUCCUCGAGCUCUAAGUAGUCAUCUUUUAGGCAAACUGAACAAGAACCAUACAAAUGAAUCGCAGGAGGAGGCUCCUUUGGUGGCGGUGGUAAGGGAGGCUUUGGCGGUGGUGGCAAGCGGGCGCCACGACCGAUCGACUAUAGUGUCGAACAACCUACCACUGAGGAGGACGUUCCUGAGUCCUUGAAGGCAGACUUAGCUGCGCUACAUUAUGAAGAUGAGAGGUGUAAACUAAGUAGAAGUUCUGCAUGUAGAAAAUGAAGACAGGGACAGCAAAGCCAAGGGGAGAAAAAGAAAUAUACUGCAAAUCUUGAUUGGCUUCUUCCUUUCUAUAGGGUUGAGGUUUAGGCCCAGCGGCGCUCAAAGCACUAAAUAAAGAAGCCGGUUCGUUUUUACCUCUAGCGUGUAGCCCUUCCAACAAUAUAUAGAUGCAGCUAGCUCUUGAUCUUUGAUUAAUCACCGUCGAGACAUUUCUCACUCAUAUAUACCUUUACUUCUCAUGCAUCUGAAUAAUCUGUGGCACCAGAUUGCGUGAUCUGCAUCUUCGUCUUCUAAUGAAAGGGUGACAAUUGGGUAUCGAAUAGCGCGUCAUGGCACGAAAGUAGUAAUCGGAUCGUUGUCCGAGGCCUCGAAUGGACAGUUUAUUCGAGACAACAGAAUUAUGGACCACAGGGCUUCUCUAGAGUGCUUAAGCACAACAAUAGUAGUGGCUGCAAAAGUACAUUUUAAUUAAUGUCUUCCUUCCUGCCGAUGAGGAGUACAACAGUAGUACGUUUUAAUAUAUAAUUUCUUCCUUUCUGCCCCUUUUGUAGUUCCUCAUCAAGUAGAAAAAUCAGCUUAAUAUUAAUGUCAAGGACAACUCAGGGAGUAGUGCAAACCAGUACAGAAGGUUAUAUCGAUAGUAGUUGUAGAGACAGCAAUCAAAAAGGGCUGACUUCCUCCGCUCUCAUCUGGAAAAAUGCAGAGGGAAAAGAUUAGAGGAAUGAACGGGAAGAUGCACAACUAAUUAAAUCCUCUGUAAUACCCCACGAAUGGGUACACCACUACUACUACAUAGUCUCACUUCUCUCAUUCAGUUUGUUUUGCUCCGUGCCUUUCUAAUCCUGACACGGCAUGAGCUGGACGAAAAAGUUGUGUUUCAAGCAAGUCGACGACGCCGCCACCCUAUGCGAUUCGAACUUCGUUUCGCAUUUUAUUUUGGUAACACUUAAAUUUUCUUCUUUGUUGUUCCUGCUAAUCCUAUUCCUACCUUCUACAAAUUAUGAUAAAUGAUCUUCGAGGACUGUUGACUAACCACUGGAUCUUCAACAAAGCGAUGACUAUCUAUACACACAGUUAACUGCCAUGUGCUUUCCAUAUCCCCAUAUGCCAACUUGUUCGGAAACGACCCGUAACCCUUAGGAGGAGAGCCAUCCCCGCGAUAGGUUUGCGCUCGUGGGUGUGCGUGUGUUUUCGUUUGGUAGACAACUAAGGUUCUUGCCUCUCGUAUAAUGAAAGUAAGUGACGCCUCGGCAGCAGCUCUUGCCAUAAUGAAUGCUGGAGGCCGGCUCAGCAGCGGGCCGCUGGUGUAAUUCGGCGCGUGCGCUUUGGCCUCGCGGCGGGGCGGGGUUUGGGCUGCUCCCUGCCCUGCCGCACCGUUCACACCCAUCAGCAUUACAGAGCGAGGCUAGGGCGCGGCCGCUAGUCACCCGCUGGAGGGUACGUAUGGGCCAAAGAUUUGGCACCUUGGGGCAUUUCAAAGGCCAUUUUUUUCGAUUUCCAAAUACCCCGAACGCCAUGCCGUGCGGGGUAUUCUGGGCACUGGUCGCUUUGCCCACCAGUGGUGGGCAAUAUUUCCUUUGCUGACAGAACCCCCAGCGGCAUGGCGUAGGGGGUAUUUGGAAAAACCAAAAAUCGCUCUUCAAAAUGCCCCAGGAAGCCUCGCCUUCCACGUCUUUCCGUGGGGAGCAUUUGGAGCAGCAUGGAAUUUGCCCAGAAGCGCUUCCCACGGCUUGCCGUGGGGGGCAUUUUUCCGAUUUUCCGGCGAUUUUGGGGCGAGUUCCUCACGUGUUGGCGUGGGGGGCAUUUUGAGCAACGUGGAAUUUGCCCAGAAGCGCUUUCCACGGCUUGCCGUGGGGAGCAUUUUUCCGAGUUUUCGGCGAUUUUGAUGCGAGCUCCUCGCCUGCUUCUGUGGCAGGUGCGGCGAAAUUCACUGGGCCGCUUUUCAUUCGGAUUCAUGUGCAAUUUCUUGGGUAUUAUAGCUCUCCCCAAUGUCUUCAAAUCGCAGUCGUUUUCGACUGCCCCACUUAAGUGAGCAAAGCACAGCCCAGUUAAUAUAAUACCUAAGUACUUCAAUAGUAAAGACGGCAAUAAUAUAAAAUCCGUCAUCAAUCAACAACACUUGAAAACUACAGCGCGAAGUGUCAAAAGAGAAAGGAGUGGCACUGUGGGAGAGCAGCUCUCGGCCUCAGCAGCAAAUUAAGUGUUAAGGCUAUAACGCUAAUUCUAAUCCAGCACCUUUCUAAUCCAGCAUCUUGGAACACGACCAUAAGAGGAGAACACGACCAGCUUCAUCAAGAUGGAUUCGGGUAGUUUCAAGAUGGCUUAUGGUAGUUUCAAGAUGGCUUAUGGUGUUUCAAGAUGGCUUAUGGUAGUUUCAAGAUGCAUUCGGAUGUUGGCUCUCUUCUAAGAGUGGCAUUGGCAACCAGAUUUAUCUCCAGCUGAGAUUCCAACCAGAGGGUCCAGCGUAGGCUUCGCUAAAGGUGGAGGAGCACCCACUGGAGGCAAGAAGGGACCAAAAGGCGAUGUCGGAUUUAACAAGGGGAAAGGUACUUGCUUUACACUGAUUGUGGUCUACAGUGAUAAUCUAGAUGUUGUAGAUCCUUACUACAGUGAUUAUCUACAGUGAUUAUCUACAGUGAUUAUCUACAGUGAUUAUCUACAGUGAAGAUUUUUAUCUACAGUGAUGAUCUACAGUGAUUAUCUAUUCUACUUUGACAUUCCGUUAUUUCCGAGGUGCACGUGUAGUGAGGAAACAAUUCGAAGCACGACCAGUUCCGAGGUCGUUGCAGUUCCUUUAUCGCUUAAUUAAGGCUCAGCUUUCAAUGGUCAUUGGGGUUGGUCACUGAGAUCGAGGAAGCGACCCUUUUAGAGAACAGGGGAAAAGGAAGGGAAAGGGGAGAGCUUUGAAGGGAGUCUCUUCCGUUCAGCAUCAGUGACCAUUGAAUGCUGAGCUUUAACUUAACAUCACAAGAACAUAAUGAAUCAAUGUGAUCAACACUCUCUCCACCUACUACAACAACACCAACAGGAAUUCUCCCGGCUGCCUCUCGGAUGAAGGGUGGAAAGAAAGGUGCUGAUGAGGAGAAGGGAGAUGACGAACUAACUGAGGAGGACAGAAAAAAGCAAGAGAUGUGGGCAAAAUCUAUUGACAGUUAUGAUUUUGAGGAGGUCCUGCUCUAAGUAAUUUCGAUGAAUUCUUGUUAACUAUAGAAGGACCUCUUAUAGACUCUAUCUGAAAUCUACAGCAGGAACACGACGUACUUCGACUGAGUCCGAAAUCUACAGCAAGAACAGUGUAGCAAGAAUCUGAUAGAGUUCUACCAAAUUUGUCCUCUGCAGGAUCCACGACCUAGCCUCACCUAAAAGUUAUCUACUUUUUUACUUCUUCGGGAAACAUCUAUGUACUAGCUUAGCUGUAGGCAGCACCCCUCUAAAGCAGCCAACUGCAGAGACUCAAAUUAGGGACGGCAGCGGCAGUCGACGGCGAACAGGCUGAAAAAGCCGAAGAAGACGGGGUCACGAAGUCACCCGUUGUAGAUGAGAAGACGGACAAUGAUUAUGGAACUAGGUCACUUGCUAAGUAUAUGCAAAAUCAGCUGUACUAGGUCAGCUCUACUAAGUAUGCAAAACUAGGUCGCCUGCUAAGUAAGCAGCUUCUACUAUUAGCCCUUUGUUCUUGUUCAAAAUGUUCAUAAAGUAGAACAAUGAAUAUUUGAAUAUGAAAGAAGCCCUCGUCUCUUCGACUUAGUCACUAGCCUCCUCUUAGCUUUGACCUACCUACCUCUUCGACUAAGCUACCUAGGGACCGCAGUUUCAUCACACUUUCAGCUACCUCUUCGUCUAACCACCUGCUGGUCCGACUCAAGCGGCCGCAGAUGGAGAGCAGCCUGGCGAAGGUGGGAGAAAUAACGCAACGGCUGAAAGUCUGCUGCUGCAACCGCCUAUGAACGGUACGACGACCACCAUCGUCCAAAACGAUCUAGACAGUACUUCGACUACGAUUGCGACCAAUCACAACAUCUUAUGGAUUCUUUUCGGUUUUUAUAACGCUCAAAGAUGUCUCUGUCUCAAAGAUGACACAGGACAAGCAGUUGUACAGGACAACUAAGGAGUGGAUCCUUAUUAAAAAACUAAACUCUCUGGAUGAAUGUAAGUAUCGGUUGUGCGGGGGAUAACAUGAACUUGUAGACGAUCCCGAUCUAUGAAGUUAUCAGAGUCGAAUCCAUCCUCUAGUCUCGAUUGUGGCGACGAGGCGCGUGAUAUUCAAGACGACCUAGUGGCUACAGGUAUAGUUAUAUUCUAAUUAAAACCAACGCGGUUGCGAAGGUUGAGGUCGAAGCUGACGCAUCGCUAGCUGGAGCUGCUGGAGGUGCGGCGGGACAAGAAGCCUCGAAAGAUGAGCAUGCUGACACUGGUGUGGUAGAAGAUAGUGCGGUAGCUGGUGCAUGAUGAUAGAUCUAGGUUCAUGAUACUAGCUGGAGGUGCGGUACUAGCUCCUGGAGGUGCAUAAUAGUAGAUUCUUGACGAGGUGGAGUCGAGCAGGUUUGUCUGCAAUUGCAAUUGAAGUAGUAGAUGAUAGAUGAUAUAUCAUCAUCUACAUGAUCUACAUGAUCUAGUUGUUCGACUUCGAGGACGAGAUCUAAUCAGAUUUAAGGGGUUCAGUUUUUUUUUCUUUGCUUCCAUAUAGAAUCCUUUGACCUGUUGAUAUCCUUUUCGAAGAAAUGGAUGAUGAACCUGUAGUUGGCGUCUUCGUACUACGUAACUACACGUAAGUAGAAUCUUCGAAGGGGCGUUCGACUUGAAGACGGUGUGGUCCUCAUAGAAGUAGGGCUAAAUCUGAUUACUAUAAUGCGACUGCUGUUUUUUUUUGGAUAUAAUUCAUUCUCAUACAUCAUGAUACAACUAAAAAGCUGAUAUUACUAGACGAGAAGAACGAAACAGAUUAUCAGCUUGAUGUUGCUUUCAAGGAUUGUAUCUUCAACUCUUAUUUUUUUUAUUUUUUGUUCGACCAAGAUCGAAGUAAGGUAUUGAUGAGUCCUUUGUUUGAUUUCAUUUUACCAGAAUAAGAUGAACUGAAGAUGACUACUUCUAUAUGCGACGAAGAUCUUUUGACCUAUUAUUGAGUUAUCAUAAGAAGAUGUGAUAUACCCCUCCCCGAUACUAGUGCUGUACGUAAAAAUCUGACAGCAAGCAGACGACGAUCAUCGAACAUUAUAAGUACUUAAGAAUAUAUCCUUGAACAUUGGUUCAACAAUGAGAACUACUAACUGUAACUAUUUUUUCAUUUUCAACUUCAACAAGAACUUCAAAUUCAUCAACUUAUCACAAACUUUGACAUUCAUGUUGCAGUUGCUGCACUAAAACUCGAUGCUAUUCAACUAAAUUCUUUUCUUAUUUUUAGCAAUGGAAAAACCCAUCUCAAGUCUUCACCUCACUGGAACCCCAAUCAAGUCUUCAUUUUACAACCAGUACUUACGAACUUACCCUUAGGUAUACAACUAGGUCUCCUCGUGUGCACGAAGUGAAGAGGCACACGAAUACACGACUGCGCUUGGAAUGUGUUUGAAGUAGUAGACAUGAAACAAGAUGACAUUCCUCGAGAGCAAAGAGACUGAACAAAGUAGCAAGAAACUGAGAGAGGAAAC